CUCCCGUGGCGGGCGCGGGAGGCGCGCGUGCUCCGCGGGCGGCGGGUGCGCGGGCGCGGAGUCGGGAGGCCGGCUGCCGACUGCUCUCCAUAGACAUAAUCAACUUUUCGUUGUUUCGAGGCAAAGCAUCUUUAAAAUUUUCUCAAGCUCCUAACCACAGAGAUUGUGAUGUUGCUUUGAAGAAGGCGACUAGUGACUGACUUCAGAGGAAGCAUUCCAGUCCUGGCGUUUGUCCCCACCCCAGAAUUUGAGGAACUAUGGAGAGCUGGUCCCAGGUGACAAUCGUGGUCUUGCUAGGACUCACAGUUCGGUGGGCGGUUUCUCUCCAUCCUUACUCAGGUGCGGGAAAACCACCUAUGUUUGGUGAUUAUGAAGCUCAGAGACACUGGCAAGAAAUUACCCUUAAUUUACCAGUCAAACAAUGGUAUUUUAACAGCAGCGAUAACAAUUUGCAGUACUGGGGACUGGAUUACCCACCGCUUACCGCCUAUCAUAGUCUCUUAUGUGCAUAUGUGGCAGAGUUUAUAAAUCCGGACUGGGUUGCUCUCCACACGUCACGGGGACAUGAGAGUGAGGCACACAAGCUCUUCAUGCGUGCCACAGUUUUAGUUGCUGAUUUGCUCAUUUACGUACCAGCAGUGCUUCUGUACUGUUACUCCUUAAAAGAAAUCUCACCCAAGAGAAAGAUCGCUAGCGCCUUGUGCAUACUGCUGUACCCUGGCCUUAUUCUUAUUGACUACGGACAUUUUCAAUAUAAUUCUGUGAGUCUUGGCUUUGCUUUGUGGGGUGUUCUUGGAGUAUCUUGUGACUGGGACCUGCUAGGGUCAUUGGCAUUUUGCUUAGCUCUAAAUUAUAAACAGAUGGAACUUUACCACUCCCUACCAUUUUUUUGCUUCUUACUUGGCAAGUGUUUUAAAAAAGGCCUCAAAGGAAAGGGGGUUGAGUUGUUUGUUAAGUUAGCCUGUACUGUCGUGGCUUCCUUCCUUCUGUGCUGGUUGCCAUUCUUUACAGAAAGGGAGCAUGCUCUGCAGGUUCUAAGAAGACUCUUCCCUGUUGAUCGUGGCUUGUUUGAGGAUAAAGUAGCCAAUAUUUGGUGCAGCAUUAAUGUUUUUCUGAAGAUUAAGGACAUUUUGCCUCGUCACAUCCAAAUAGCAAUCAGCUUUUGCUUGACAUUUUUGAGCUUGCUUCCUGCAUGUAUAAAACUGACACUUCAGCCCUCCUCUAAAGGAUUCAGAUUUACUCUGGUUAGCUGUGCACUAUCGUUCUUUCUGUUUUCUUUCCAAGUACAUGAAAAGUCCAUUCUCUUGGUAUCAUUACCAGUUUGCUUAGUUUUAAAUGAAAUCCCUUUCAUGUCGACUUGGUUUUUACUAGUGUCAACAUUUAGCAUGCUGCCUCUCCUGUUAAAAGAUGAUCUCCUGAUACCCUCAGUUGUGACAGUGUUGGCAUUCUCAACAGCUUGUGCCGCCUUCUUCCCACUGUUUGAAAACACUUCUGAAGAACAACUGCAGCUGAAGCCCUUCGCUGUUUCUGUGAGGAGGCGUGUGCCGGGCUUUACGUUUCUUCCCAGAAUCAUUCAGUAUUUGUUUAUUUCUUCAGUCAUCACCAUGGUUCUUCUGACAAUAUUGAGUGUCACACUGGACCCUCCCCAGAAAUUACCAGACUUGUUUUCUGUACUGGUGUGUUUUGUGUCCUGUAUAAACUUUGUAUUCUUCUUGGUAUACUUUAACAUUGUUAUCAUGUGGGAUUCCAAAAAUGGAAGAAAUCAGAAGAAAAUUAACUAGCUAUAUUCCCAAACAAAUGCAAUCUUUUUAAUAUGUAUAUGUGAAUUUAUCCUGUUUAGAAUCAUGGAAUUAUAGGAAAAGAAAUGGUGAAAAGGCAUUGUUAUUUACACAAAAUGUAUAUGGGGACCAAAGCAUUUGUUUUCUAAGUAUUUUUUGCUAAAGCAUAUCAUAAUUUCAGUAAUCUUCACAGAUAUUUAAAUAGUAAAAUAAGAGAAAAAAAUGUUCCAGCUGGUUGUAGCUCACACCUGCAAUGCUAGUACCAGGAGGUAGAGUUCAAGGGCAUCCUUGGUUACAUAGCAAGUUUGAGGCUAGCCUGGGCUAUGUGAGACUCUUAUUUCAAUAAAAAGGGGAGAAAAAAUGUCCUUAAUGCCAAUACUUAAUAACAAAAUAUACUCUAUAAAUUAUAAUUUUUAAAAACUGAAAAUAGAGUGAGUUUACUGGAAGAAUUAAGCUCCUGUCUUGUUUGAGCUUUACCAUACAAGUAAUAUGCAUCUCAUUUAGAAGUUGUAUCUCAGGGAAUUAACUUUUAAUUACUGAGAGAGUACAUUAUGCUGUUUAAAUAUGCAUUACUGCAUAUGCAAAAUUGGACACUAAUAGAUUAAGUGUUAUUCUUGUUUCCAAGAAUAUAGAAUCACUCAAUUCCAUUUUUUAAAAAGAACUUUUAUUGAAUAUAAAUCUAAGACAUUUGAAGUCUUUUUAGUUACUCAUUGUCAUUAGUUCUGGGUUUCUAGUGUCAUUCUAAAUUAAACGACUUUAUCAAGGAUUCCAUCUUGCUUUCUUUUACCUCGUUUUAAGGUUUCCACUGGUGUGUUUAUUCAGAUCAUGUCUUGUUGGCUUUGUCCCAUCCAUAUGGUCUUUUUGUCUGUGCUUACUCUGGUAUCAACUGGUAAAAUUUGUGUAUUACGUUUUAGUUUCUCAGGAAAGCUGUUUUUUCUUUUUUUGUCUCUGGUAAAAAUUAAAGUCACUUUCCUACUAA